AAGAACAUUGUUAUGGUGUUCUUUGUUUCGGAGUCAACAUGUUAUGUCGUUUCCUUCUCCGAAACAGAAACUACGUAACGUUUUUGCAGUCUACUACAGUAUUGAUCAUAAUGGGCUCGUAUUCAAAAGCCCACCACCACGCCAUUUUGGAGUGUUCUUCUGAGGAAUUCCACGUGGAUAAGGGUAGUUCUGGAAACAAAACAGAAUUGAUUUAUGUGACCGUAUAAAUAAGGAAUUGAAGUCUCUGCAUUUGAAAUUCUCUUCUCUGAAGCAUUAUCAAGCGAAAGCAACUAUGGAAGCGAACGGUACGAUUUGGAGCCAUGAUUCUCUCAGAAACUUCCAUGAAUUCACUCCUGCUGUGCAGAAUCAUCUAAAGCGGGUCUAUCUCACGUUAUUUUUUGCUCUUCUUGCGUCUGCGUUUGGAGCUUACCUCCAUAUGGUCUGGAAUAUCGGUGGAAAUGUCACUACUCUUGGAUUCACUGGAACCAUGAUCUGGUUGCGUUUCACUCCUUCAUAUGAACAACAAUCAAAGAGGCUUUUCCUUCUGUAUCUAUCUGCCCUUCUUAAAGGUGCUUCAUUUGGUCCCAUGAUCAUGUUGGUCAUUGAUUUUGAUUCAAGCGUCCUGGUCACUGCAUUUGUGGGAACAGCAGUAGUAUUUGUGUGUUUCUCCGCUGCAGCAAUGUUGGCAACGCGUAGAGAGUACCUUUACCUCGGAGCUUCACUUUCUUGUAGUAUGUCCAUCCUUUGGUGGGUAAAAAUUGCCUCUUCGAUCUUCGGUGGCUCUACAACUGUCGUCAAGUUUGAGCUAUACUUUGGACUCUUGAUCUUUGUGGGAUACAUAGUGGUGGACACACAGAUGAUAAUCGAGAAAGCACACCAUGGUGAUAUGGACUAUGUGCAACAUUCUUUUACCUUUUUCACUCACUUUGCUUCUCUGUUUGUUCGAAUUCUCGUUCUCAACAUGUUUAGGAAGAUGAAGAAAGGAAGAAAAGACCGAAGAAAAUGAAACCAUCAAACCAAGUCUACAUAGCUCAGAGUUUUAGGCAGAUCACUCUUUCCACUAGUUUCUCUGCUAUCAUAAAUACAUUAAAACUUCAGAUUGUAAAUGACUUUGUACUCUGGCUUUGUGUUUCCUUUACUGUCUAAUAUCAAACUUUUAACAAAAAUGAUAAGUUAGGAGAGAGUCACAAGUGUACAUGUUUCAAGAACUGUUUCAAUGUAAUGUCUUGGUCAGAAGCUUAUAUUAUAUUAGGAUGGUUUUAAAAUGAGUAAACAAUUUGAUCUACAUUU